AUGUCAGAUGUUACACCAGUUCCUCCGUUAAAGUCUCAGAGCCCUAUAGGCACAGGUGAUUAUGCUGACUGCGGAAGCCCCAGGCACACAGAGAGUUGCGGAAAUGGCUCUAUAUUGAUGCCUGAAACUUCCGCCGAUUCCCCUUCUUCCGCCCUCAAACCCUCUUCUUCCGCCUCCCCUUCCGCCUCCGCCUCCGCUUCCGCCUGCGUCCCCGCGCCGGCUCCCCCUGCGCGGAACGGGCUCGUUCUCCCCGGGCGCGCGUCCCUGGACACCCUGCAGGCCUCCCCCGCUCCCCCGCUCGCGCUGGCCAACCCCCGCCGGCUCGCCGCGCGGAGAAGCGCCAGCAGCGGGGAAAACUCCGCGGGGCUGUCCCUGAUCAACCGCCGAACCGCAGCUGCAGGCUCGGGAAGAGGCUUGGCGAGCAGGCGCGAGGUGCCGGGGCUGAACAGGCCCGGGAGGGGCCCGGGGGGGUUUAAACUAGAUAUGGGCGCGCUUCAGCGGAGCAGGGGGGAGCGGGAUUUCGCGCGGGAGGCGCAGGAGGCGCAAGCCAGGCGGGAUCGAUUCGCGUUCUUCGAAAAGGACUGUAGCAGAGUGCUGGAGCAUGUUUACGUGGGGAGCGACUUUGUAGCGAGAAGCAGGGAGGUUCUUAAGGAGGCGGGGAUCACGCAUGUGCUGAACUGCGUGGGGUUUGUGUGCCCCGAGUAUUUUCCAGAAGAGAUUAAGUACAAGACGCUCUGGCUGCAGGACAACACGGGAGAGGACCUGGUGUGCGUCUUAUACGACGUGUUUGACUACAUUGAGGCCGUGCGGGCUGCCAAGGGACGGGUGUUCAUCCACUGCUGCCAGGGCAUCUCGCGCUCCACCUCGCUCGUCAUUGCAUACCUCAUGUGGCGUGAGGCCAUUCCCUUUGGAGACGCAUUUAAACGAGUGAAGGCACUGAGAGCUGUAGCCAACCCCAACAUGGGCUUCGCCUGCCAGCUGCUGCAGUGGCAGACGCGCAUCCUCCCCCCCUCCGCCCUUGACCCGCCUCCCACGCCUCAACCUCCCGCUCUCCCCGCUGCUGCUCCUGCGGCAGCACCUGCUCCUGCUUCUGCUGUUGCUGGUGCUGCUGGUGCUGGUGCUGGUGCUGGUGCUGAGGGAUCAGGGGCGGCAGAGGGAUCAGGGGCGGCAGAGGGAUCAGGGGCGGCAGAGGCAUCAGGGGCGGCAGGCGCAUCAGGGGCGGCAGGCAGCUGCCACAUGUACCGCAUGGCACCGCACUCGCCGUACGACGCGCUGCACUUGGUGCCGAAAAUCACCGCCCUCUCCCGCCACUCGCUCGACCCACGAGGGGCCUUCAUUGUUCAGAUACGGACAAAAGUGUACUGCUGGCGGGGCAGGGAGUGCCACCCGCUCAUGGCCAAGCAGGCCCUCGCAGCUGCCGCCCAGAUCAUUAAAUACGAACGGCUGGGGGAGGUGGCAUCUGCUGGUGGUGGGGAGGUGGCAUCUGCUGGUGCUGGGGAGGUGGUAUGUGCAGGAGGGGAGGUGAUAUUUGGGGAAGGUGGGUCCUGUGAGCAGGGAUUGCAGGGAGGGAACCCGCAGAUUCGCUAG